AUGGUCUCAAUCAGCUCUGGCGGUACCAAUGGGGAUUGUUCGGGACCCAGAAAGCAAGUUAUCCUGAACGCUUUUGCAAUGUCCAGUAGGUAGACCCGGGCUCUUUGUGAGUAGCAACAGCGAGCAGGGAGAGCUAACUACGGCGAUCAGCCAUCGGCCAUAUGUCCCCAGGCCAAUGGAAGGAUCCCAAGGACCGCAGCGCAGAGUCCAGAAAGCUCUCGUACUGGACAGACCUCGCCAAGAUCCUGGAAAAGGGCGACAUCACAGCUUUGUUCCUUGCAGACACUACCGGAUAUUAUGAGACCUAUGAAGGCAAAGCAGACGAAUGCGUACGCCGAGCAGCCCAAUUCCCGGUCACGGAUCCAACAAUACCGAUAUCCGCAAUGGCAGCUGUGACAAAGAAUCUCGGGUUUGGUGUCACUGCCUCGACUACAUUCGAGCCGCCCUUCUUGCUGGCCAAGAAAUUCUCCACGCUGGACCACAUGACGGACGGUAGGGUUGCCUGGAAUAUCGUCACAUCGUACAAGAAAUCUGCCUUCAAGGCUGUCGGCAUCGAUUCGCCAAUCGAGCACGGCGAGAGAUGUAAGCACUGCGGCAAAGACCACGGUGCGGCUACUUCGGCUGACCAAUUCCAGAUGCGCAGGCGGAUGAGUACAUGGAAGUCGUGUACAAGCUGUGGGAGUCAUCGUGGAGUGACAGAUCGAAGCUAGCAAGACCCGAGACUGACGAGUACUGGGAUCCGAGCGAGAUUCGCGAGAUCAACCACCAUGGAAAGUACUACAACAUCGACACCAGACACAUCGUGGAUCCUUCGCCACAGCGAACGCCCUUUUUGUUUCAAGCCGGGACCUCGCCGGCAGGAUCUGCGUUUUCUGCGAAACACGCCGAGGCGAUCUUCGUCCAAGGAACUUCUCCAGAGACCUUGAAACCCAAAAUUGACACCAUUCGAGAAAUUGCAGCAAAGCAGGGCCGUGACCCAGCUUCUGUGAAGUUCUUAUGCACCUUUACCCCAAUCCUUGGCAGGACGGAUGAGGAGGCUCGGGAGAAGUUCCAGAAGCUCAGGCAAACAGCAUCGACCAUCGGCGGGCUGGUACUGUUCUCCGGCUGGACGGGCAUAGAUAUCUCGAAGAUCCCGCUCGAUCGAAAGAUCACCGAAGAAGAUUCAACGGAGGCAAGCAAGGUGACCUCGGCGAUGAAGUCGUUCACAACAUCAAGCAAGGCAGUUCCGGAGCUGACUCCUCGUGUCGUCGCCGAGAAGGCAGCGAUUGGCGGCAUGAGUCCACUUACAGUGGGCACACCCUCUGCGGUGGCAGAUGAGAUGGAACGCUGGAUGGUAGAUGCGGGAGUCGAUGGCUUCAAUAUUACAUAUGUCAGCAUGCCGGGGACAUUUGAGGAUGUUGUCGAGCUCUUGGUUCCCGAACUGCGUCGCCGUGGUUUAUAUCCGGAGAAAGGAACGCAAGAUGGCUUGACUUUGAGAGAGAAAACAUAUGGCAGGGGCCAAUCGAAGCUGCGAGACGAUCAUGCCGGCAGCGCAUACAAGUACGAUUCCUUUUGGAAGAAGCAGCCAGCAUCGGCGACGAAUGGGGCGGCGCAGCCCAUUCCGGAAUGGGCCUUGGAAGGGAUGCGUUAA